UAUUUUUAAUCAACGUUUCAAGCACUUCUACAAGCUAAGUCGUUUUUAAUACGACCAUAAAAAACUUACAAUCUUACAAUACUUACAAAAAUUCCCGAAAAUCAGUAGAAACUGUGGAUUUAUUUAAAAUCAAACACAAAAAUACCUGUCACACUUGAUAAAUAAAGUAUGUUUGAACCUUAACGAAUAACUCACUAUAAGUACCAGCCACUGCGUCACAUGAAUAUCAUAUAUUUUUCAUUGUAUUACCUACCAGACGAAUUUCAAAGUUUUGAACUAGCAAGGAAUAAUGAACGCAAAGUAUCUAACUAUAAUAUGUUUAAUAGUUAUUCAUUGUCAGACAGCGAAAUCCAACGACCCUCCCGAAGAGGAUCGAAAAGGGAAAAAAAUUGCAGUUUCGACUAGCACACAAGAUGACAAGCAAAAUGAAAUAAAAGAAAUGUUGGAGAAGGUAGAACAAAAGAGAGAAGAAAUCUGGAAUAUAAUAGAAGUAAAAGAAGACGGUGAUCCAAAAGGUUACACUACCCCUGACCAUGUGUUAAGGAUGUUACCCGAUCAACUAGAUAAGAUUAUCCUGUGGCUACAUGAAAAUCCAGGAAGUGACGAAGCUGAAAAAAUCAUAAUAAAAAAACACAGAUUUAUGGCUUUAUUGCAAAGUCUUGAACCAAGUCCUGAAAAAAAUAAGAAACGGAAAACAGAUAAAAAAUUAUAGUUAACUCCGAACAUGAAGAUAUUUUUAAUUAACGUAAAUGCAACUCGUCAUAAUAGUUUAGUCUAAAAUAUGUAUUCCUC